AUGGAGGACAUGGUGCUAGCAUCGGAGCUGGACCGGCUACAGGCGAUGGCGAGGGAGCUGGGUGCGCAGGUCGACAACAACGACGCGCCGGCCGCCGCGAGGGAGCUCUGCGGCGCGCUGGCCGCGUCCGUCGACAGGGCCGUCUGCCUAGCCGGCUACGGCGGUGGCAAUGCCGGCGCCGGUAAGAACAGUGGCCAGCCGAGGAACAGCAGCAGGAAGGCGGCCACGGCGGCGAGGACCAGAAGGCAGGUGCGGGUGGCGUCGGUGCAGGACACGGCGCCGCUCGACGACGGGCUCAGCUGGCGGAAGUACGGCCAGAAGGACAUCCUCGGCGCCCCGUACCCGAGGGCGUACUUCCGGUGCACGCACCGGCACACCCGGGGCUGCCAGGCCACCAAGCAGGUGCAGCGCGCCGCCGGCGAUCCUCUGCUCUUCGACGUCGUGUACCACGGCGACCACACCUGCUCCAAGGCCGACGUGCCGUCGCGUCUGAUCAGCCCGGAGCAGCAGCCACCUGCCUCCGGCCAGGAGCAGGGCUCGCCGGCUGGGACGCAGGAAGGGAUGCAUUGGUGGGCGGCAGAGCCACCCGCGGCCAUGGACGGCUGCUGCCCGCCAACAAGCUCCUGGUACCAGCAUGCCGGUAGCUAUGGCUACGCUGCGGCUGCCGGCCUUGGGACUGACAUGGACUUCGAGGCUCAGCUCGACGAGUUCUUGAAUCCGACCAAGUUUUUCCAGCCAGAGAUUCAGACCCUGUAAGGCGCCGCGCUAGAAUUAGAUUCAGACUUGCGUGAUCACAGGUUACAGGUGGUACACCUAUCAUAUGAUCAGUUAUCACUACGGCAGCUACAUAUAGUAUCUCUAUUGGUCAUACACCGGCCACUGGAACAAGAAUUUAGAAGAAAUGGCACUACCUCCAUAACUCCAAUAUAUUAUGGAUUAGCAUAUCCACAA